CUCUCGCCGCUCCCCAGGGCUUGUGCCCGCCCCGGCCCCGCUGCCGGCCGUGGUGGUGCCCGGUCGGGCCGCGGCUCCGGCCCCGCCGUGGCAGCGGGAUGGCGGGCGGGCAGGGGGCCAGCGUGCCCGGCACCCUGCUGCUGGCGGUGCUGCUGCUGGCCGGCAGCCGGCCGGCUCUCGCAGUAUCAUUUUAUGGUGAUAGCUUUGUGGAGUUGAACAUGGUAGAAGCAUCCUCUCAGACAUCCUUACAGUUGAGGUUUCGAACAAGCAAGCCACAUGGACUGCUUUUUCUUGCAGCUGGGAAGAAGGAUUAUUGUUUAAUGGAGCUACUUUCAGGAUACUUAGAGUUGAGGAUUAACUUUGGAGUGGGGGAACGAGUACUGCAUUCUCAGCAAAGAUCUCAGCUGAAUGAUUUAGCUUGGCACCUGGUUGAACUACAUCAUGAACAUGACAAUGUCACAUUGGUUAUUGAUAAACAUGAUACAAGUAGUGCAAAAAUGCCUGGAAUUUUCUAUGAAUUAAAUAUUGAUUAUGGAUUUUACAUAGGUGGUACUAGUAAACUUGAUGUUCCCUACAUUGUUGGAUCACUACCUAGUUUCCGAGGAUGUAUUGAUGAUGUAUCAUUCAAUCAGCUAGACAUUCUGAUGCCUCUGAGACCUUCUCCUGGCUUUAAAAAUGUCCAUGAAGUUUCAGUGGGGUGCAGUGAUGAAUUCUUUGCAGGUGAAGAUGAACCCAUUAGUUUCUUCAGUUCCAGAUCCUAUGUUUCUUUCCCAUUGUGGAAUGUUGCUGAUGAGGGAAUCUUGGAGUAUACAUUGCAAACCUCAGCCACACGUGGCUUGCUGCUUUACCAUCCUGGGAAAAUGGGAGAUUUCAUUGCAAUGGAAAUGGAAAAUGGACUAAUUAAAGCUUAUGUUGGAAAAUUUAAAAGUAGAACCCAGCUUUCCUCUCGUAAGUCAGUCAACGAUAGUCACUGGCACUACAUCAAACUGAAAUUUACUGCAGAAUAUUUGCAGCUGACACUGGAUGAAGAAACUGUGAAAAAAUCUUUGCCUCCCUACAGUAAGCUGCCACUUCUGAAGGGGUCUCUCUUUGUAGGUGGUGUAGAUGACAGCGCACGAUCAGAACUGAUUAAGUUAGAGCUAGUCUCAGUGUCUGGGAAGUACGCCAGAGGAGGGUCCUUCAAAGGUUGCAUAAGAGACCUGAAAACCAAUUCAGAAAAGAAAUCGCUUAAGAAUGUUCUGGUAACAAAGGACAUUUCAGCUGGAUGUGAAACAGAGAGUGCUUUUAAUGCAAACCUUUCUUUAGAGAUGGCUGUGAAGAACCCUACUGUGAAAGCAGCCCCAACGUUUGCCAUUUCCCCUGAAAGCUCUGUCUCUCCGGGCAAGGAAGACAAAAGCCGCCUUUUAGUUCUAAGUAACUUGAUCGUGCUAGAGGGCGGACAAGCUUCACUCGAAUCUAAACAUAUUGAAGUCAACUUAGAUUUUCAGAAAUUAGACAUUCAUCAAUCACAAAUUCUUUUUGAAAUAAAAACCCCACCCUCUCAUGGAGAUUUGAAACUAGAUGUUGAACCAGUGCAGGAGGUAAAUACAUUUACUCUGCAGGACAUAUGGCAAGGGAAGAUUCUUUAUGUCCAUGAUGGCUCUGAGGACACUUAUGAUUAUUUUAAUUUCUCCAUUUCUACCAGCAGUGAGAAGAUUGUGCCUCCAUGUUUGCAAGGAAAUGAACAGUAUGUGUUUAGCAUUACUGUCACUCCAGUAAAUGAUGCACCUGAAAUUACACUUCCCGAGGGAAACUUGCUUCUUCUCUUGGAGAACUCAAAGAAACGUUUGACUAGUGAUCUGAUAAAAGUUCUAGAUACGGAUACAGAUCCUGUGGAUCUGAGUCUUUCAGUGCUUGGAAAUCUGAAUGCAGAUGCAGGGUAUUUAGAAGAUUCAAAGCAUCCUGGAAAAGCUAUUACUACUUUUUCUAACGAGGACUUAAGAGAAGGCACUGUUUUCUUUGUCCACACAGGCGUCAAGAACUCAAGGAUUGUUCUGAGGGCGAGUGAUGGUGAGAAGGUGAGCAACACCAUUGUGUUACGUGUCAUGGCAGUUCCAUUGGAUUACAGAGUUGUUAACAACUCGGGAAUAAAACUACUCCAAGGUGUUACAGCUCUGAUAACACCUAGGCAUCUGGCGGUCGAAACAAAUGCCAACCUCCAGGAGCUGGAGAUCCGUUAUGAGAUCACAGAGCCACCCCAGUUUGGGGAAGUCCAAAGGCAGCAUUCAAGGGGAGAAUGGAAGCGAGUCAACUCUUUUUCUCAGCGCUCUCUUGAGCGCAGCCGUGUGAGAUACUAUAGCACUUUUAAAGAAAUACAGCUGGAAAAUGUUACUGACCAAUUUAAAUUCAAAGUUAGCAUAGGAAACAGAAUGAGUGAAGAGCACAUGUUUCCAAUCAAAGUGAAAUGGUUAAGAUACAUUGUAUUGAAACAUGCUCCUCUAGAAAUUGAAAAAUCAAAAAAAAGGUACUUGAAUUCAGAUAAUCUUUUUGCUGUGAUUGUGGAUCUAGAAAUACCUGAAGAUGAGCUUCAUUUUAAAUUGCUGUCCCUACCAAAGAAUGGACAGAUACUACUUAAUGACCAGCCUUUGAAAAAAGAUUCAGUCUUUAGCCAGAAAGAUAUUACUGAUCAAAAAGUGGCAUAUGAAUUAAACUGCAGAUAUCAUGAAGAUAACAUUGAUUCGUUUCAGUUCCUCAUUUCCACAAAGUAUCUGGAAUCAGAUAUGUACAAGUUUGAAGUCUACAUCAAAUCAGAUCUCAGAAACAUUAUUUUGACUAACAGUGGUCUUAGAGUUACCGAAGGUGAAGGAGAGUUAAUAACAAGCGCAGAGUUGUUUGUGCAAACACCGGAUAAUAAAACUUUCCAAUAUAAAGUUAUACAGUUUCCUAAACACGGGAAAUUAAAACUCAUUAAUUUUUCAGGCUCAUUCGAAAGUAAUCACAAUCUUACCACUUUCACUAACAAAGAUAUAACUAAUAAGCGCCUUAUGUACAUGCAUGAUGAUUCAGAGACAGUGUUUGAUGAAUUUCUUGUCAGAGCUUCCAGUUCCAGUGAAGAGUCACGAAAGUGGGCAAACUUUGAUCCAGAAGUAGAACCUUUGUCAGUAGAAAUUAGAUUCAACAUUUCUGUCCAGCUGAAGAAUGAUGAAAAACCAGUACGUGUAGUUGAUAAGAUAUUUAACAUAGUGAGAAAUGGGCAGCGAUUAUUAACUUUGGCAGAUCUUUGCUAUCAUGAUCCUGAUUCUGAUUUUGAUGAUGGACAGUUGCUAUAUACUAGACGUGGCAUUUCCAAUGGAGACUUGGUGCUAACAAAUAAUACUUCACACAGACUCUACCAAUUCAAACAAGUGGACCUGGAGCAAAAGCAGGUCCUGUUUAUACACCGUGGUGCAGAUUUUGGGCGUUUUGUGCUCUUUGUGACAGAUGGCAAGCACUACACCUCUUUGCUUCUAGAAGUUAGUGCCACUGAUCCUUAUGUUAGGUUGGCAAAUAAUACAGGCUUGUUGGUUCAAAAAGGGAAAGAGGAAACUGUUACAACAGCUAAUCUAAGUGCUGUUACAAACCAAGAUAUAAGAAAUGAUCAUGAGCUUACAUAUGAGAUAUUCUCUUUCCCAAAAUAUGGAAGAAUAUAUGUAAAUAAUCUGUUGAUGGAUACCUUUUCUCAACGUGAUCUGAUAAAGGGGUAUGUGACCUACCGGCAUGAUGACAGCAACAAUUUUAUUGACACAUUUAACUUUACGGUCCAUGCUAGAGAUGUCCAUCUGGAUGCUGGAGUACGUGUUCGCAUAUAUUUGGAAAGUCAACACUGGCCACCAAGGAUUGUGAACAAAAACAAUCUCUUGGUUGAAGAAGGAAAACCAGUUAAAAUCAGUAAAGGAAAACUGCAGGUUGCUCAUGAAAACAGUUCUCCAUCUGAGAUUGUGUUCACAGUAAGACAGCUUCCAGUGCAUGGAUACAUUCGGAAGUUUUCCUCAGAAGAAAGUUAUCUCAGAGCUGAUGCUGACCAAAGGCCGGUUUUGAGCUUCACACAGCAAGAUGUUGAUGAGGGCAAAGUUCAGUAUGUGCAGACAGUUCCUGACCAACUAGAUGACCGUUUCUCUCUGGAUGUGACUAAUGGUGUCCGAACAGUGAGUGAAAUAGAGAUCUCUGUAGACAUCAUCCCCAGAACGAUUCCACUGGAAGUACAGAACUUCACCGUGAUUGAAGGGGGCUCGAAAGCCCUGGUGGAAGACUAUCUAAAAAUUUCAAGUAGACACUUUGCUGGACUCAGCUGUGAAUUUGUUUUACUUGAGCAGCCAAAACAUGGAUAUGUUGAAAACUCUCGUGUUCCUGGAAUAAAGUUAGCCACAUUUACCAGAAAGCAGGUGGAACAAGAAUUAAUCUACUAUGUUCAUGAUGACAGUGAAGAACUGAUGGACAAUUUUACUGUGAUAGUGAACAACACAGAAUUAUGGAAACAAAGCUUGCCCAAAACUGUAUUUGUAACAGUUACUGCAGUAAAUGAUGAAGCUCCUGUUAUAAAAGUUAACAGAAUUCUUCGGGUCUGGGUGGGUUCAGUCACAGAAAUAACUAUUGAUGACCUCUGCGCAGAAGACAAGGACUCCUCACCAUCAGAACUCAUAUAUUCCAUUACUCCACCUAGCAAUGGGCACUUGGUUCUGAAGUCUUCUCCGAACGAGAGCAUCCUUAGUUUUACCCAGGCUCAUAUAAUUGAAGGGCAGCUCGUAUUUGUACACAAUGGAGCGAUGUCUGGAGGCUUCAACUUUCAGGUGACAGAUGGUUUGAACUUUGCACCUCGCCAGAUUUUUAGCAUAACAGCUCAGACACUAGUCAUUAGCCUUGAAGUGAACAAAGGACUCGGAGUCUUCCCAGGUUCCAGGAAGCCUAUUUCACGACAUGAUCUGAAAGCUGUAACCAGUGAUGUGACCAAUGCAGGAAACAGAACUAUAACUUUUGUGAUUGUAACUUCCCCAAAACUUGGAAGGCUGAUCAGAGUAAAUUCUGAUAAUACUGCUCAGGAAAUCCUCAGUUUUACGCAGUCUAUGGUGGAUGAAGGUGUGAUCAUGUAUGAGCACUUACAUGCCGAGUCAGCUAGCUGGAGUGCAGAAGAUUUCUUCACAUUUACUGUCUCCUCUCCACCAUCAGCUCUGGACCUCCAGGUGUUCCAUAUUGUCAUUUCAUAUGAAAUUACAAGGCAUGAUCGGAACAGUCGUCUUCUGGCAAAUACAGGUGCCGUAGUCCAGGAGGGAGGUAAAGUAUUAAUCAACAGAACAAAUCUAGAUGCUUCAAAUCUAUUGGUUAAGCUAUCCGAGGUGCAGCGCUCCAUGUAUGAAGUCUGGUAUCAAGUUGUAUCUUUACCCCAACAUGGAGUGGUUGUUGUUGGAGAAAGAAACAUUACCAAAGAAAAACCCAACUUCUCCCAAUACAUACUGAACAAAUUUGGAAUUGUGUACAUACAUGAUAAUUCUGAAUCACUUAAGGACAAUUUCACUUUUGCUGUUUGGUUAAACCUAAAGAGCAAGUCUGCAACAAAGCCCCAUGGUGAAGUUUUAGAAGAGAUGUUUAAUAUCACAGUUGUUCCAGUGAAUGACCAAGCUCCAGAAUUGAAGACUAAAAGGCUGCACUUGAAAGUCUUGCAGGGAGAUGUGUCAGUGCUGGGGUCAGAGAAUCUGAAAGUUGAAGACCUAGAUAACACCCCAGUUGAGCUCAAAUACACCAUUGUUAAUAACCCCAAUAAUGGUUAUUUAGCAAUGAAAAGCAAUCUCAGUGUCUCUAUAAAUGAUUUCACACAAGCUGAUGUUGACAGUGGUAAAGUUUGGUUUGUACAGGAUGGAAGUUCAUCUUCUGGGGUAUUUUAUUUCAGUGUGACUGAUGGUAAACAUCGCCCUUUAUACAAGCUAUUCAGUCUUGAAGUCAUACCAAUCACUCUUGUCCUGGUCAACCUGACCGAUGUUGCACUUCCACAGGGCCAGACGUCUGUCACUAUUACUAAUGUUCAGCUUUCAGCUGUCACAAAUGGAAAAAGCACUAAUAUCAUGUAUGAAAUGACUCAGCCACUCAAAUACGGGCACCUGAUGAUUGGGAAUGAAAAGGUUACUAAAUUUGAGCAGGCAGAUUUGUACUCAGGAAAGCUGUCUUACCACAUGACAAACCUCACUGCGCCCAAAGAAGUACUAGAGUUUAUGCUUUUCACUACAGAAUGCAAUCUAACAGGACAAGUGCUGAACAUCACAGUGAAGCCUUUAGUACAAGUUGUAUCUGACAUGCAGAUUUCAAAUCAAGCAGCUUAUAAAUUCAGAAGCAGUGACCUGGAUGCUUCUGAGCUAGCUAAUUUGACAAAUAGCAAUCCUAGAUUUGAAGUGAUAGUGCCUCCGUCUCAUGGAAGGAUUGUAAAGAAAAGGUUCGUGUAUGAUGUAGUCUUCGAAGACAUUCAGACAUUCACCCAGUCUGACAUUGAUAGCGGUGUUGUGCUACUAGAUAUCGAUACGAAUAUGACAGGCAUUGAUCUGUUAAAUGACUCAUUCACAUUUAUACUUAGGGCAGAUGCUGUCCAGCCUGCUGUUGGCUGUUUUCAGUAUUCCAUUGUGCCACACAGCCCCCCACUUGUGCAGGGUUUUACAACCGAAGUGCCUUCCAUAACCAGCAUGACCACUUUAAAGAUUGAUGCUACCUCAAAGGGCAAGGCAGCAGCCCCCUUUCAGAAUGGAGAGCCUACAGCAGCACCACAGAAGACUGAACCAACCAUGUGGCCAGGUCAGAAUCACUGGAGAAAUCUACAUGAGGAAGGUCCAUUGCUAAAUCUGGCAAUGGGAACAAGUGGAUCUGCAGGGCCUAAGACCACAACCCAGGAUAGUGCCCAGAGUCCCAGAGAGCAGGCAGAUCAAAGUAGCAACCCUUGGUACAUCAUUAUGCCCCUGGUCCUGCUGUCUGUGCUGCUCAUUGUUACUGUCAUUUCUGUGUGCAUUUUGCUAAUGUGUCAGAAGAAAGAGAAGACAAAACCACACGUCAAAAGUCAAACAGACACAGUCCUCAGUAGUCCAGAUCAAUGUCCGGAACGGAGCUUGGCUGUACCCAGUGUUACAGUGACUCCUCUCCUGAAGGGGGUUGAGAGAAGUACAGCCUCACCAUUCAUGGCAGUAAGACAUGAACAGCUGCUUCCUGCAGUGGUUUCUCUGACUGCAGAACAGUCUUCUCAAAACAGCUGGUUAAACCUUGAUCCUGAAAUGAUCCAGUACUGUCGAAAAACAAACCCAACUCUGAAGCGCAGUCAGUACUGGGUGUAGUUACAGCCGGCUUUGGUCAUGCUGUUUGAUGUAGUAUGGAAAAGAGAGUAUACAUUGUUCACAUAUAAUUUGUUCUUUAUUAAACUUAUUUAUUAUAGGUCAAAUGAUGCACUGUUUGUUAGAUGAAAUCCACAUACAUGUGAAAUAAUAAUAAAAAUCUUACUGAUCAUAGUGGGGAUAAAAUAAGAUUUCCAGUUGGUACUUCAAUGCAGAAUUUGGCCCUAUAGAUUUUGAGUGCACCCUGUGUAUGCAUAUUUUUAGUUACUGUUACAGGGGUAAAAUAGAAUGUUCUGUCAUGGGUUAUAUUAUUUUUAAUAUAAUUACUUUUUUUGAAGAAGCAAGUUGUCUAUAAAAGUCUGGUAUUUUUUCCUGAACCACCACUUCCAUUUGAAGAACUUUCAACUAUUUCUGUAAGUGAUUGCCAACAUCAAGUUGUCAAGGUGCUGAUCUCAAUAAUGUCAUUUUGACCCAAAGGCUCUUCAGACACCAGUGCUAAAGAAACAAAGCUGUUAUUAUUUUGACAAGUAUUCAUCUGGGACACAGAACUGGAAAUCUAGAAUUCAAUUCAGUGACAGUAUAUAAGGAUUCCAGUAAAAUACUCUUGCUGUGAGAUAUUUGUUCUUUUUUUUCCUCUUACUUGACACCGAACUGUAGCCUUUAAUGUCUGCAAACUGGUAAAAUGUAUCCAUGACCCCUAAUCUGCAUGGCAAAAACUGUCUCUGCCUGUCAGCCUGUCAGCUGCAUUAUCUUUAGGCUUAGGUUAUGUCUGGAAGUACACAUCAAAAUUUCCUCUUCAUGACAACAGGCUAAAUUCUGCCUUCAGUAAAACAAUGGGAGUUCAAGCAGAUGACAGUAGAAUCAAGUCCUCUGUUGCAUACUUUUGUGUGUUGGGGAGCUACUUACAGAAACAAUUCUCCAAAGAAGUAUGUAUCACCUUCUGAAGCUUCAGAAGUUUCCCUUCACAUCCAGAACACAUGUGCCUUACACACUAUGACAAGUACUACCUACUCUAAUUUUUCUCUGGUGGUAAAACGUGCAAUAAUUGCCCUGCUAAGGGAGUAUUUUUGUGUUUCUGGGAAUCCAAGCUCAAUAGUGAUGUGCAGUCUCUGGUUAAGGUCCAGUCUUUUUUCCACUGAGGACAACAGCAAGAUGCUUGUUGACUUCAGAGAAUGAACUGACUUCAAGUGGAUGUUGCUGAGAUCAUAACCAGUUCCUCAAUAGCCACUGAACAUAAUAUAUUUUUGUACUUUAGCAUUCUUACAGCUUCCAGUUAGCUUCUCUGUAAAAACACUGUGCUCAGUAUCAGCAUGCAGUCUCAGCACUGCAGUCACUCAGUUAACACUGGAAUUUUUAUUUUGAGCCUAGGUACUGCAGUUUUUGCUUUUAUAGAACAGAUGUACGGGCUUCUACAUCCUUGGUGCUAUUCAUUUCGCACUACUUUGUUUUGAAUGAUUUUUUUGUUGUUGUUGUUGACAAUUAGCUGUGUUUAUGUCAUUUAUAUAUUUUAAAUUUUCAUCUGUGAGGAGGGCUGCUUACUGCUGUGUUCUGGCAGCUAAACACAGAAGCAGUGGGGGCAGUCUUUCUUACCUUUACCACCUCUGCCAUAAUUGUGGUGCAUUUUGAAGCAGCGCAUUUUGAAGCAGUGCAUUUUUCAGAGCCCACUUCAAGGACAGUAUUCCAUGUCAGUGGAAAAUACGCAAGCCACAUUUUCAGCUGGUCAAGUGGAACACUAGAGACUAAAGAUAUGAACCCUUUAUAUUCUCAAACUAAAGUGUAUUUGAACGCUGAUACACCGUUUUUAUUUCUCUGUCAUUACUGUAUUUCCAUGGUGCCAGCAUGAGCAGGUUUGAAUUCAAGCAGUGCAGUCGGUGUAAAAGGCUUGGGGUUUCCAGGUGCACUGCUGCAGAUCUGCACUGCAGACCUUUUCUGCUUUUCCAAAGAAAAUCAUUCGGAUUGUUUUUGGAAACUCUUGUCCAGAGAGGUGGUGCUGCCAGCCACUGCAGGGACACCCAGCAUCCUUUGUGGAGGUGUAGCUGUACAUCUGUUUACUGUUCUCUGAGACCACCACUUCUGCUACCACCAAGCACACAGCAGCUUCUUCCAGAUCUCAGCUGUCAGCUACAGCCUGCCUCUGAUGCCUUCUAGCCAGUAGCAGGAACCUGAUCCCUUUACACCUCCUCCAAAGCCUCACUCCGAGGAGGAGUAAAGCAUUAUAAUCCCUACACUUUCCUGACACUUAAAGAAGCCCGUCUCACAUUACCCUGCUUCUGAGACCUUCCUGUCAACAGCAAAAGAGGUCAUACUCCAAUACCUACUGGGAGACCAAGCGAUAUGCCUCCAAUUCAGUACCAAAAUAGUGUAAUGCUGAAUGCUGCUGGAGUGGUGACAAAAUCCACUAUUGACAGUUUGCUAAACGUAGUGUUGUAAAGACAGGUGUGCCAAAAUUGUGGUGCUCCCUGUGCAGUGGGGAUGAAACAGGGCUGCUGUAAUGCUGGCAAUGGUAAAACUGAGACCACGACAUAAUAUCGACUGAGUUAAAAAACCAGCAAUGCAAUUAGAAAUGCAUAAUAGAAUGGGCAUUCUUAAGUUUCAGCAUUCGCAUGCUCUGAGCAAGAAGUCAUACACAAAAAAUACAGAAAAGAUGGUGUGCUGGCUUUUUGGCUCCAGCUGAAUGGGCUGAACUCUUGUUCUCUGUUUCCAGAAUGCUAUUGGCUAACAACAGAUGUUCAUUUCAAGUGGAUCGGGCAUUAUGGAACUAUAUUUUGAGCAUUGAGGUUUGGGGUUUUGUUUGAUUUUGGUUUGUUUUUUUUUUUGUUGUUGUUUUUUUUAUAAAAAGAGACUAAAUGCCUAAUUCAUCAGUGAAUGUGCCAGCAUUCAGUUUUCUCCCUCGGUGCUACUGUGAGAAAACCGUGCCAUAUUAUGGAAUGUUUUGAUGAGAACUUCAUAUCAGUAUAUUGUAUCAGUAUAUUUUAACGGACAACUACAUAUGGACUUUGCUUUAAUAUCCUACCCUGAAUUCCCAGUAGAAAAAAAUUAGAUCUGACUGCAUUAAUGCAAGCUUUCCCUGUGGACAGUACAGAAUAGCCUCUGGCAGAGGACAAUUUAUCUUCUUCUUACAUAGAUAAUAAAUGUGAGAGGCAUCAACUCUGGGUUAGCCGAGGUCACUGGCUUAGUUAGGAGUCCUACUUUGAGAUGGUAAAAACUCGCUAGGAUGAAUCUUAUAUCCUGGGUUUCCUAAAAACCAAUCAGUUGAGAAAUUUCCGUCCCCUCAAACAUUUUGUAUUUAUGGAUAAUAUUUGUGAUUCCAGGAGUGUACGUAGUUGAUGGUCAGGAUCUGGUUUAAGUUUUUCGGUUGUUUCAUUUAACCUUGAAGUUAUGUUCUUAAUCUUAAUUUAGUGAAGAUGGGGUUUAUGAAGGAUUCCCUUUCUUACCAAAUGGAGUUCUAUCUGCAGCAUGAAAGUGCCUUGAAAACAUAUGUAUAAUCAAUAAAGUGUUUAUAAUCCACA